GUGGGAGUCGUGGUUUGCAUAUUGACAAGGUGUUAGAGGCUCCGCCACUGGACCCUGACUUUGGAAGCUCUGUGAACCUGACUCCCAGCUCCUUCUCAUGCGCCUGUGUCGGGGGCCAACACUGAGCAAAGUGAACUCACAGUUUAUGUAUCAUGAACUGGAAGGUCCUCGAUCACGUGCCCCUGCUGCUGUAUAUCUUGGCAGCCAAAACACUGAUUCUCUGCCUGGCAUUUGCUGCAGUGAAAAUGUACCAAAGGAAGAGAUUGGAAGUGAAGCAACAAAAACUGGAGGCCAUAAAGAAGCAGCAUCUAGAGAAGAAAGAUAACUGAAGAAAUGGAAAGUUUUCAGGCUUUGCGAAUGUGAACUGUCCGAUUUUGCGUUUUAAAUGUCAGCCUGAGCAGACUCCAGCUAAGAAAGAGAAGAAAGAAUUAGCGAAUCAUAUGUCAGAGGACAAAUUCCCCACCUAUAGCUUUAACUUAAUGUGAAUUUUUAUAUACCUUUAAAAGAACCAGUAUUUUGUUUGGUAAAAUAAAUGUCUUUGUAAA